UUGGGCCAUUUGAAGUCAUCACUACGCUGCCAAAAUACGAUGCCAACCAGUGAGAAUGAAGGCAUAAUGCAAUAAAAUUGUAUAUCGCGGCCGAGAAGGUACAUCUAGCUUAAGCAUUACCAAGCAAAGGAGUAAGCAUAGUCAGCGAGGUAUCUGUGUAGCUUCCUUACCGACACAAAUAUUGGCACUUCUAGUGUAUCAGUGUAUUAUUCAUAUUAAGAACACACGACCUUUGAUGAAUAGCAUUCUUACACCAACAUACGUGUCGACUGUGACGCGGCCAUUUUGUACACCUUUAAGUCUUAAAAGACACGUGUUACGGUCCAUUAAAACCGUAGUCACCAGUACAUAGCGAGAGUUAGUCGAUUUUUCGUAGGAGAGCACCGGCAUCCAAUGAAAGGGAGAUCUUAGUGAACACAACGGGAAACAGCAAUUGCUGCCUGUCUCUAUACCGUGUACGCGGUCUCACUUCACUACAGGCAUGGUAACAAACCUUUAAUAUUUCAGUAGGGCCUGCUACAUACUCUAAACAUGCAUUAAGAAAAAAGACCAUGUGCCUUAUAAAGCGUGUUUCCAGGUGUUAGUGUGAAAAAGUGAGGAUGCCUUCAGUAUGCUGCUUCGAUUGGAACGUCUUCAAUCUUCUACUCAUCUUGAGCGUUGGCAUCAUCGGAUCAGUACAUGCCGACUCUAAGGUGUUUAUGUCCAAAGAGAAACAACUUAUCAAAAAGUUGUUAGACCGGUAUGAGCGGUAUGGCCGAAUCGGAAGACCGGUGGUCAACACGAGCGACAGCAUAUUAGUUCACUUUGGUAUCUCCCUCAUCCAGAUUCUCAAUGUAGACGAGAAGAACCAGGUCCUGGAAACUAACGUCUGGUUCACUUACACAUGGAAUGACGUCAUGCUUACGUGGAAUGCAUCGGAGCACGAGAACAUCCAAAUAGUGCACGUGCCCGCAGACCGGGUAUGGCUGCCGGACAUCGUUCUGUACAACUUCGCCGACCCUCGACUGAAGGAGCAGAGGGAAGCCCUAGUUGUGGUAGAGUCUUCCGGGGCUGUAUUGUGGAUGCCACAGGCUAUCUUAAGGAGUUCUUGUCAAUUCGACACGACCUAUUUCCCUUUUGACGAGCAGAAAUGCCUUCUCAAAUUUGGCUCGUGGACUUACGACGGCAAGAAACUAGGUUUACAGUUCAAGGACAGUCUAGAACAAUUUUCGCUGUCUGAUUAUAUGAAGGGAACUGAAUGGACAAUCACGAAAAAUUUUGCGACACGAAACGAGAAAUUUUAUGAAUGUUGCCCUGAUACGCCAUACCCGGAUUUGACGUUUAGAUUACAUAUCAAACGAAAGGUGGCGUUCUACAGUUUUAUCCUCAUUCUGCCAUGUGCUCUACUAUCAACACUGACGCUGGUUAUUUUCUGGGUUCCUCCCGAGUCUCCGGCAAAGCUGGUUCUUGGUAUGAACGUGUUUGUGGCCUUUUUCGUGUUGCUGCUGCUUCUUGCUGACUCAACUCCAAAGGCUGCCGACUCCAUACCCCUUAUUGGUGCGUAUUUCUGCCUGAGUAUGGUGAUGAUCACAAUGUCAACAGUCCUCUCAACAAUUGUAGCCAACAUGUUUUUCCGCGGAGUAAGGAUUAACAGGGCGCCCGCCUGGCUGAGAAAGUUCAUGAUAGACAUCGUUGCCAGGGUAUUCAUGAUUCGGGACAAACUGAUUGAAAAGCAAGCGGAGCCUCCACAAAAGAACAGCUGGAACAUCAAAUACACCGGUGGCGCAACGUCUAAACUUCCGGAAACGGAAAUGAAAUUCGCCAAAGUGAGAUUACUGGACGAAGGGAAAGAGGAUGGUUAUGAGCAAAACAACAAAGAUUGUAAUAUCGAGAGGCUCAACAUCAUCCGCUCAAGUCUGUCCGAAGACAUCAGGAUCAUCCGCGAGAUCCUAGAGGCAUACCGGGACAAGAAGGCUAAGGCGGAGCAGAAGGAGAAAUAUAUCCGCGAGUGGAAGAUCAUCUGUUGUAUAACAGAUCGCUUGUUCUUUUUGAUGUACUUGAUCAUCAAUAUAAUUGGUAUCGUUAUUAUUUUCUUCGUUGCCACGUGAUGCUGCAAUCGGUCUAAAGAUCAAGCAAAUUCAUCUGACUUGUACAUACCUGAAAAGACUGCGUCCUAAGAACGGUGAAGUAAAUAACACGGACGCUUCUGAUUGGAUGAUUAUCAGGAUAAAAGUACCACGACUUUUGCCGUCAUUGAUUUUGUAUAUAACCAUUAUUAAUUUAAUUUUACGUGUGUUGAUCAAAUAACAAUUAUUACUGCCAAAAGUCCAUUUUAAAUUCAA